AUGUCUACCCGCAACCGAACACCAGCAGCACUCAAGCCUUACCUCCGCCUACCCUCCGAAACCUCUCUCAUACUCCUGACCAGCACACUAAGCUGUACAGUGAAUUGGCUCACACCACGAUUCAUCAUCGCCGCGAUCAAUGGCAGCGGCCAUGGCGACCACACAGACACACAAAGCGUGCCGGGAGCAAGAGAAGAAGGCAGUACCGUGAUACUCACAAGUUGGAUGCGCAAUCAAGCGUACUGGAAGACUGAGCUGAGACGAAUAACGGCCGGCAUGGAUAUGGACAAAGUGAUAGCAACUGGGAAGCUAGCAUUCGUAGAUUGCUUCACAAACCUCACACAACUAGCACCAGAAAAAGCCCUUAGUGAGCAGGAGUCACGAAUCACACAAGCCAUCGCCAAAGCCAACGGAGCUGGCAGAAGAAUAGUCCUAGUCCUAGAAAAUCCAGAUAUCCUCAUCGCCUUAGCCCUCACCACAACCUACGACCUGAGUGACUUCCUCCUCAGACUGCGGAAUCAAGUGCACUCGACGGUCCUAGUCUGUAACGCAGACCUCCCGCUCGUAGCAGCAGCGACAACGAGCCAAGAAGGCAUGCAGAACACACCCAUCGAAGCAGAGACCGCGGCGUUUCUGGUCCAACAGGCGCAUGCGGCGCAAUAUGUGCUAGGCGUUCGAGAACUAGAGACGGGCGCGGCCAAGGACGUGAGUGGUGUGUUGAGGGUGACGAGAGGUGGUGCGGCGUACUCAUGGGAUGAUGAAGAAGAUGACGUGGAGGAGGUGAAGGAGCUGGAAGCCUUAUAUCUCAUUCAACGAGAUGGCAACGCCAAGGUGUUCGAGCGCGGGACGAGCAUGAUCUAG